UGGAACACUCUUAUUCAAGGCGCAGCGCCAAUUUCAUUGCAUUUUUACAAAUUUAUUUUAUUUUUCGUUACACAACUUGUUUAUCCUGACUGCCAUAGUUUUACUGUUUUAUUGUUUUUUAAUCAGUUUGUUUAGUCCUGUGCGACUGCGUAAACAGACAAGUUUAAAACAGCUGAUUGGUUUAACAGCACUUGCUGCGCUUGUCGGUUGUGUCAGUCGUCUGCGUUUGUCGUACAACGAACCCAUCCAGGUCUCUUUCGGGCGCAGACUGACAUACUGAUACAGCCCGCGUUGUUCUCGCCUUCUCGGGGAGGCCUCUUUCGUUUUUGCACAUUUGUUUACAUUUGUUCCAUCAUUAUCGCCCGUCGUAUCAUCCUUAUUACAGCGUUUUCUGGUGGUACUUCAUACGCCACGACAGUAUCUGGCAUUCUAAUCUUGUUCUGUCGUGUUUGGCUUAAGUAUUGAUCAAGUGUUGUCAGUAGCGCUACAGUCACACCAUACACAAUCGUCCGUGUAUCAAAGCGAACAUAUCUCUUUUACUCGUAAUUUCUGCGUUAUAUGACGGCUGAUCGGAAGUUCCAGGGAGGGGAAGACCCAGUGCAGACGUGAAAGCAUUCACCAUCAGUAUUCAUGGUUUUUAUCUGGACUGUGUAUCGCUUCUCGGCUGACCGGGCACUUAAUCGUCGUUUGUUAUCGGGUUUGCAGCGUUUGCUCAUUUAGCCAUUUGCCAUUGCACCCGCUUCCCUUUGGCUGCAGUUAUCGCUGGAUUUGUGAUUUUGAAUCAAUCUCAGCAGAGGUUGCUAAUUCGGCACGUUAUCAUGCGCGCAUCUUUCGAGCGACCAUAAGCACAACACACAACCUUGCGCUCGCUGCAUACGCUGCAUCCCGGUUUUCUUGUAUUCUCCCACAUCAAUCGCGCAGCCAGCUUAAUAGAGCGGAUUCACAUUGGAACAACACAGCGGCUGCACUUGUGUGGUGUUGGGAGAGUGCAUUUAUGUACGGACCAAGAGCGCAUGACGUGGAUCGUGCUUUGCGAUCGAGAGAGGAAAUCCUUUUUCCUGCAGCUUAGAGACCGCGGCAUCUGUGGCACGGUGGCUGCUGCUGUAGCAGUCCUAAUACGCCGCAGUGCAUCGUCACUCACGGCACACACAUGCUGCAACGCCGACUGCACUGAUCAGCAGGGAGAAGGGAAAGGGAAAAUAUUUCUUUUAUCGAUUUGCACCAGUCGGGUUCGUUGUUAUUUUGCCAUGGCAUAUGUACGGCACGUAGCGGCGUUAAUGUGAUAUCUUGCUGGCCUCAGCCAACGGGAUCGCGCAUUAAGCAUCAUACAGUUGACACACACAUACACGGCGGCAUCAGCGGAGCAUGGCAUAGCGUGGAUCAACGUUGGGCCAGUAGCAGGAUAUGGCUUAACUGCAGAUUCCCCCUUCAUCGACACACACGCUGGCGACAAAAAGCGCCGUUUUCUGUGUGUGUGUACUAAAAAGCUUAUACUGUUCGUGAGAUCCAUUGUGAUUAACAUUGUGCGCCGAGUGGAUUACACGCAUUCCUGGGAUAUUGGUGUUUGUUUGUUUCAAUUCGAAGAAUGCUGGUGUACUGGGAUGACAGCAUAGGCUGAACCUGUGCCAUUGUUGCUGAUCAGCGUUGAUUAUUAUUUUGUGGACACUUAUAUAUGUCUUUAAAUUAUUACUGGUGAUUCUUGUAAUUCCUAACUGCGGCAUCAUCAUGGCGGACUUGGAAGCGGUAUUGGCCGAUGUGUCCUACCUGAUGGCCAUGGAGAAGAGCAAGCAGUCGCCGGCCUCCCGGGCCAGCAAGAAGAUUGUCCUACCUGAUCCCAGUGUACGGAGUGUCAUGCACAAACAUCUGGAGAAAAUGGGAGAGGUGACAUUUGAGAAGAUAUUCCAUCAACGAAUCGGAUAUCUCCUCUUCAAAGACUUCUGCGAAAAUUUACACGCGGAAACCGUGCCUCAUUUAAAAUUCUACGAAGAGAUUAAGCGUUAUUCCAAGAUGGAAACUCCAGAGGAUCGGCGGAAAUCUGCCAAAGAGAUCUACGAUCAGUUCAUUAUGAAAGAAUUACUGACCUGCACUCACAGGUUUUCUGAGGAUUCCGCCGAGCAUGUGCAAAAGUACCUGAUGAGAGGCGAGACGCCCAAUGAUCUUUUUGAUCCCUACUUGGAUGAGAUCCACGAUUUUCUCCGAACCAAGUUAUUUGAUCGAUUUCUUGAGAGUGAUAAAUACACCCGGUUUUGUCAGUGGAAAAACCUGGAGCUCAAUAUUCAGCUCACAAUGAACGACUUUAGCGUCCAUCGUAUUAUUGGCCGUGGCGGAUUUGGCGAGGUCUACGGCUGCCGCAAAGCCGACACUGGACGAAUGUACGCAAUGAAAUGUCUGGAUAAAAAACGUAUUAAAUUAAAACAAGGCGAAACCCUGGCACUGAACGAACGGAUAAUGCUGUCACUCGUUAGUACGGGGGAUGGCUCGCCCUUUAUCGUCUGCAUGACGUAUGCUUUUCAAACCGCUGAUAAACUGUGUUUCAUCCUCGAUCUGAUGAAUGGUGGAGAUCUGCACUACCAUUUGUCGCAGCAUGGCGUUUUUACGGAGCAGGAGAUGCGCUUCUAUGCAUCGGAAGUCAUUCUGGGAUUGGAACAUAUGCACCGCCGCUCCGUGGUCUAUCGAGAUCUCAAGCCUGCCAACAUUCUGCUGGAUGAGCACGGGCACGUACGGAUCUCGGACCUUGGUCUAGCCUGUGAUUUUUCCAAAAAGAAGCCGCACGCCAGCGUGGGUACGCAUGGCUACAUGGCUCCGGAAGUAUUGGCCAAAGGCGUCGCCUAUGAUUCCAGUGCCGAUUGGUUUUCACUGGGCUGUAUGCUGUACAAACUGCUCAAAGGACACAGUCCAUUCAGACAGCACAAAACCAAGGAUAAACAGGAAAUCGACCGAAUGACGAUGACGCAAGAUUUCCACAGUCUGGAGCUGCCGGAUACAUUCACACCUGAGCUGAAAGAUUUAUUAGAAGGCCUACUGAAACGCGACGUGCCCGAUCGAUUAGGAUGCCGGGGAAAGGGGGCCGAUGAGGUCAAGGAGCAUCCUUUCUUCAAGGGCAUCGACUGGCAGCAGGUCUACCUGCAAAAAUAUCCGCCGCCUCUCAUACCGCCCCGCGGGGAGGUUAAUGCGGCGGAUGCUUUUGAUAUUGGCAAUUUUGAUGAGGAGGAUACCAAAGGAAUAAAGCUCAGCGAAGGGGACCAGGACCUGUACAAAAACUUUCCCUUGGUCAUAUCGGAAAGAUGGCAGCAGGAAAUAACCGAGACAGUCUUCGAGAUUGUCAACCAGGAGACGGAUAAAAUUGAAUUCAAACGGAAGAGUAAACAGCGGUCUAAACAGUACGACCAAGAUGAGAAGACGUCCGACUGCAUCAUCCAUGGAUACGUUAAGCGCCUGGGCGGUCCGUUCAGUAGUCAGUGGCAGCAGCGUUAUGCCAAGCUCUUCCCUAACCGUCUUGAACUGCAUCAGGACAACGGCAAACCAGAGAUGAUCCUGAUGGAUGAAAUGGUGGAUGUUAGUCAGGAUUAUCCGCAGGUGAAAGGAGAGCCGUCCAUAAUAUUAAAAAUAAAAGAUGGCAACAAGAUUGUGAUCGCCAAUCAGGAUGAUAUUGGAUUAAAAGAGUGGGCGCAGGCUCUGCGCGCCACUUUCCGCUCUUGUCAGGAGCUGUUCAGUAAUGCCGCGGCGCGGAAAGCAACCAAAAUCUACGGCACCCUGACAGACGGGAAUUCGGUAGGGAUAGGCGGCGGUGGUGGAGGCGGCGGGAACAUGACGCCGUCAUCGCCCAGCCAUGCCAUCUCCACCAACAGUCUAACAUCGUCCAGUUCCCGUUCGGGCCUGAUGCGGGGGGCCAGUUCCGACACAUGACGGUGGGCGACAUGUCUCUGGCCCAAGAGCAUCGCGCCACCUCGGUGAACAUAUUCCCGGUCCCCCCGCCCACACAAUGUACCUGUGUUCCCUCCUCCCCCGGUGGUGUGGCGGUAUUGGGCGGGGUGUAUGUGUGUGCUUGUGCGUCUCUCUAGUCAGAGGUUACUUUUUCUUGGAUUAAUUAUUGUGCGGAUAAAAAAAUGUGGGGUGUUUUUUAAUUUGUCUUUUUCUGUCUGCGAAGAGAAAUUUUAUGUGGCGGCUGGCUGGGUGGAAAGAAUCUUGGAGCUUUUUUGGUUUUUCUUCUUCUGGGAAUCUGUUUUUCUCCUCUCCGUCGAGUGCAGAAAUAUUUUUGACCACGACAGACUGCGCGACACAGGACUGUUGUAUUGUACACACAACGAUGCGGGAUAAUAUUCACAGUUUAAAUUCGUUGUUUUUCCUUUUUUGGUUGUAGGCAAGAAGCUUUGUCGAAGAAUCGGUCAUCUUGUUCUAUUUUUUUCGUUUUGACUCAAAUUUCUGUUGUUAUUAAGGAAACUGGGAUACUUUAUUAAAAUGUUACGCAUUAAAAGAAGCAGUUUG